CAAUUUCAAUUUUCAUCCACCAGGGGGUUGAACAUGUCUGCUGCACGAGCGUUUGUCCACAUGAGGUCCUCUGAGACCCAAACAGUCAGAAUCCCAAACACGGACCGGACAAGGUGACAAAUACAAGAAUACACACAAACACGUCAGGUUAAAAAAGGCAAACUACUUACUUGAUUUUUAAUUAAUUGCACAUUAAAUACAGCUUUCCACAUGCUUUUCAAUAGAUUGUAAUGAUUUAUAGUAAUUUCCACAUUUUAAUAGAUUUUAAAAACGCAAUUUCUGCUAAUAUUGUGUCUCAAAGGUGAGAAACGGCAAAAAUCUGAACAAUAAACAACAGUAAACUUUCCCGUUCCACAGCUAACCCCGCCCGGUAACAGGCGGGGUUGUAGUACCGUCUCCACCCCCCACCCCCCACCCCCCGGUAUAUGUAGUGAGCGGCUGUCAGGGCAGCAGCAGCAUCCACAGAGGCAGCAGAUCUUCCGCAGCGCCUCACCUUCCUCGGUACCGCUGCGCCUCAUCCAGCAGACAUGGACGCGUGAGAGCGGACGCGCGGACCUGAAGCACGAUCCUGCCAGACCAGGAAGGAGGUUAUUUGACUUGAAGGAGGAGGAGGAGGAGGAGAGCACACUGACGGGAGAGGAGCGCUUCUGGAUAUCUGGCAGCUGAGCGCAGCUCCUCCAUCAUGGCGAGCGACUCUCCUGCUCGGAGUCUGAAUGAAAUCGACCUGUCGGCACUGAGGGAUCCCGCUGGCAUCUUUGAGGUGGUUGAGUUGGUGGGAAAUGGCACGUAUGGGCAGGUGUACAAGGGUCGCCACGUUAAGACAGGGCAGCUGGCAGCCAUCAAGGUCAUGGAUGUCACCGGGGAUGAAGAAGAGGAGAUUAAAGCAGAAAUAAACAUGCUGAAGAAGUACAGCCACAACCGGAACAUCGCCACCUACUACGGCGCUUUCAUCAAGAAAAACCCUCCCGGCAGGUCCGCAACCAGCUGAAAGACCACAUCGACCGCACCAAGAAGAGGCGGGGAGAGCGAGACGAGACGGAGUACGAGUACAGCGGCAGCGAAGAGGAGGAUGAAGGACGAGACGUCGGUGAACCCAGUUCCAUCAUCAACGUCCCCGGAGAGUCCACCCUCAGGCGGGACUUCCUGCGGCUCCAGCUGGUCAACAGGGAGCGUUCGGAGGUCCAGCGGCGUCAGCAGAUGGAGCAGCAGCAGAAUGAUGAACGCCAGAGAAUCGUGUUGAAUGAGCGGCAGAAACGGAUUGAAGCCGGGAAGGAGCAGAGGAAGCAGCUGGAAGAGCAGCAGCGACGGCUGGAGAUUAAAGCUCAGCAGGAGAGGCUGAUGAGGAUGCGCUUCGAUGAGGUGGAGAGGCUCCGGAAGGAGGAGGAGCGACGAGAAGCAGCACAGAGACAACAGGAGUACAUUCGUAGACAGCUGGAGGAAGAGCAGAGGCAGUUAGAGAUUCUCCAGCAGCAGUUACUGCAGGAACAAGCGUUGUUAAUGGAGUAUAAGCGUAAGCAGUUUGAGGAGCAGCGGCAGGCUGAACGUCUACAGCGGCAGCUCCAGACAGAGAGAGCCUACCUGGUGUCCCUGGCGGAGCGACAACAGGAGAGCAGGCAGCAAGAGAAGAAACAACUUUACCACUACAAGGAUCAUGUUAAUCCUAAUGACAAACCCGCCUGGGCUAAAGAGGUCCCGCAGCAGCAUGCUCAUGGUAACCAACCUCGUUCCCAUCUUCAACAGCAGAACUUAUUCAAACAACCGUCCCCAGCUGCCAACCCUCAGAAUCAGUCCAAAGCUAAUGAUCCUAGACGAACCCCAUCCAAUGCUUCCCAGAUCAGCCCUACCAAACUCCCCCAGAUACGCAUUUCAGGAGAACAAGAGAAGGCUCUAGAUCAGAGAUCGAAGCAGGAGCUUUACCAUGUCAGAGGAAACAAGGAUAAGAACCAGAGAGGUCGUAGUCCAGAGCAGAGAGAAUUUGUUGGCCGAGGGGCCGGAAAGGCACCUGACAAGGCCCACAGAGACUCCCAAGGGUCAGCUGCUGCCAAACCUAAUCCACAAGGGGCAAGUAAUCAGAAAGUUAACCCUAGAUUCGUAAUCAUGUCUGACCCCAGUCAGGGCCCUACAUCCCAGUUUCAGGUUCCCGAAAGUCAUCUUGGACAAGUCCAGGCUUUUCAGUCUGAAUCUAAGCAAUCUCUCAUGCCUGUGGUUAAACCGGUGGAGGAGCGCUCUAAGAUGAACAGACAAAGCUCCCCAGCGAUACAGCACAAAGUGUCCAACCGCAUCUCCGACCCCUCCCUCCCUCCCCGCUCCGAGUCCUUCAGCAGCGGGGGAAUGCAGCCCGCCUGCACCCCACCCGUCCACCGCCCCGUCGAACCACAGAUGGCCCACCUGGUUCCUGUGAAAACCCACACCGGCUCCAUGUCCAGCUCCCAGUCGCUGCAGGAUCAAACCGCUUCAGCACCAAAUGAAAGUGUGCCACCACAGAGGCCCGAGAUGCCCCGUCAGGAUUCAGACCCCACCUCAGACACCCCCGACCCCCCACAGCGCAUCACCGACAGAGACAGAGACAGGGACAAAGACCGGGACCGGACGGCCUGGCUCCGAGACGAGGACGUCCCGCCAAAGGUUCCACAGAGAACAACUUCCAUCUCUCCAGCCCUUGUCAGGAAAAACUCGCCUAAUGGCGGCGUGGGUUUGGGUCCGCGUGCAGGCUCCCAACUUGCUCGUGCCAGCAAUCCAGACUUGCGGCGGUCCGAGCUUUCUCUAGACGCCAUGCUGCAGAGAACCUCAUCCAACUCUUCAUCCUCGUCCUCCCCUUCAUCUCAGGGAGGCUCAGCUGGGAGGAGAGCCCAAACGAAGAAGGAAGGAUCUCCUCCAGGAGCCAAUCAGGAGGCCAAACCCAAACAGGAAGAGGGUCGUGAAUCCGCCAGACCCAGCAGGCCGGCAAGCUAUAAGAAAGCCAUAGAUGAGGAGGAGCUGGACCUAAGUGCCCUGGCGAAGGAACUCAGAGAACUGAGGGUGGAGGAAGGAAGCAGACCUCCAAUAAAAGUUACAGACUACUCCUCCUCCAGUGAAGAAUCCGUGAGCAGCGACGAGGACGGCGAGGCAGUGGGGCAUGAUGGGACUGUUGCUGUUAGCGACAUCCCUCGCAUCAUGCCAUCGGUGCAGAGCGGCGGUGAGUCGUAUGGAGGGCUGUCAGAGGAUGCUCUGGGAGAGGCCUAUAAUAGCUCCAAGGACAGCACUCUAGUGAUGAGAGAGGCAGAAGAGAGGAGGAGAGGCAGCCACACUGAAAGUAAUGGGUUCGGUAACCACGGUAACCUACCGGAUCUUGUGCAACAGAGCAACUCGCCAUCAGCCACCACGCCCACCACGGCCCUGCAGGAGCUGAGUGACAUGUCAGAGCUCAGAGUGGGCGGGUCCAAAACAUCCUUCACCCCGUUUGUGGAUCCGCGGGUCUACCAGACGUCUCCGAGUGAAAGCAAUGAUGAGAGUUCUGCAGCAGCCAUGUUUGCCAACGAGCUCCUGAGGCAGGAGCAGGCCCGGCUAAACGAAGCCAGGAAGAUCUCGGUGGUGAACGUCAACCCCACAAACAUCAGACCCCACAGCGACACGCCGGAGAUCCGGAAGUACAAGAAGCGCUUCAAUUCGGAGAUCCUGUGCGCCGCACUCUGGGGCGUGAACCUGCUGGUGGGGACAGAAAAUGGUUUAAUGCUGCUUGACCGAAGCGGACAGGGAAAAGUCUAUAACCUGAUUACCAGGCGGCGCUUCCUGCAGAUGGACGUGCUGGAGGGUCUCAACGUUCUAGUCACCAUAUCUGGGAAAAAGAAUAAGUUGCGGGUUUAUUAUUUGUCUUGGCUGAGGAACAGAAUAUUACAUAACGACCCAGAGGUUGAGAAAAAGCAGGGUUGGAUUACUGUUGGAGAUUUAGAGGGCUGUGUGCAUUAUAAAGUUGUUAAAUAUGAACGCAUCAAGUUCCUGGUGAUCGCACUGAAGAACUCUGUGGAAAUCUACGCCUGGGCCCCCAAACCCUACCACAAGUUCAUGGCUUUCAAGUCGUUCACUGAGUUGCAGCACCGCCCCCUUCUGGUUGACCUCACGGUGGAGGAAGGCCAAAGGUUAAAGGUCAUCUACGGCUCCACUGUGGGCUUUCAUGUGGUUGACGUGGACUCAGGCAACCCUUACGACAUUUACAUCCCUUCACAUUGUUCCAGACAGAUGAAGAUCCAGAGCCAAGUGACCCCCCAUGCAAUCGUGGUGCUCCCGAAGACCGACGGGAUGGAGAUGCUGCUGUGCUACGAGGACGAGGGCGUCUACGUCAACACCUACGGCAGGAUCACCAAGGACGUGGUGCUGCAGUGGGGAGAGAUGCCCACCUCUGUCGCUUAUAUCCAUUCCAAUCAGAUCAUGGGUUGGGGAGAGAAAGCCAUCGAGAUCCGCUCUGUGGAGACGGGUCAUCUGGACGGAGUCUUCAUGCACAAGAGAGCACAGAGACUCAAGUUCUUGUGUGAGCGGAACGAUAAGGUGUUCUUUGCGUCUGUGCGUUCGGGAGGCAGCAGCCAAGUUUUCUUCAUGACACUCAACCGGAACUCUAUGAUGAACUGGUGAUGCGUCUGCCGGAGCGCCGCCUUCCCUUCCAGACGCCAUGAAUGAACUCUGUAACACUGGACAGACUAAUGAAGUCAAAAAGAAAAAUAUACGUAAAAAAUAACAAGAAGAAAUCCUAGAUUAAGGGUCGCACAGAAGCCAUUGUUACUCAAGUGACUGGAAAACUGGUGCCACUAACUUUCCAAAUCUUGUGUCUUUUCCUCUUUUCCUACCACUUUUUUAGUCCUCCUCACUUCCUGUCUUUGUCCUGGAAAAAGCAGAAUUUGACCUAAAUUUACACGACAAAUUGAGUUUAUUUUCUUCUCACCGAACUACAUUUUACCGACGAAGACAAACGCUCCUCCGCCGACGAUAUGCAAAUAUGUCCCUUUAAAAAUCCCCGCUCUCCCAGCAUCCUCCUCUCCUCCUCCGACGGUGCUGCAUCAGAUCUACUGUAACAUUGUUCGUUUCCUGAUCUUCUUCUUGGACUCUCCAGUCUUUGAAGUUUGAGCGUGUACAGCACAUUUGUGAAAUCAGGAGCGUUGGUGUGUUUUUUUUAUGUGUGUGGAAAUCUGCAGAUGGAAGUGAAACAGUCGAGAAUUUGACUUUUUUGGGGGGUUUUUUUUAAAGAAAAGAGGCAAUAUUAAAGAUUUUGGGUUCUGAGAUGCAAACACAACCUCAGCAGGGUCUGAGCUUUGGUCCCAAAAACUGUGUGCAUGUGGAGCGAACGGCGUCCUUUGCAGUCAGGCUCCUCCCUGAUUUCUCCUUUAUUUUUUGUUUUUUUGGUUCCUAACUGUACAGUGCCUAGCAUGAAACGGAGGCCAAACGUCGAGGGUUAGCAUUUAAACCGGUUUUUAUCGUUUAUUUCCUUCUUUAUGCAGUGAUUGUGUGUGUUAUGAAAGUUUAAAACAUUCGUCUCCUCUAUUGGAGGCACAUUAAUAAAAUGUACAAUUUAAUUUUUGAUGGAAACAUUAAAGAAAAAUCAUAUUUUAUUCAUCAGGGAUUUUUCUCCACCUAAAAACCACUUAAAAUGAGUAAUUUUACUCCUGCACAUCAUCAUUUUAGUAACAAAAGAUGUCAAGUUUGAUUCUUUUUUUUAAUGUGAAGGGACUUUUUACUGUAGCUGUUCCCCAGCAGCCAUAAGUUUGAUGUUUUAGCAAUAAAGAGGCGAGCGGAUGAAACCACCGUCUUCCCUGAGCGUGAACGGGGCAUUAUUCAUGAAUCUUCUGUUGGGAAAUCUGUCUCUUUCAAUGACAAAAAACAACAAAACCACAAAAAAACACUGAAUAUUUCUUUUUAUUUUUACUUUUUGGUUAAUGUUCUAUUUUGACAAAAGCAUUACUAAUUUAAUUGUUUUGUAAAAGAAGUGCUGUAAGAGAGAAAUAAAAGGAAACUCGAGCUACAA